AGGAUACGAACUUGGACACGGAAAGUUUCAUUCACCCGAGACACCCUCCCUCUCUCUCUCUCUCUCUCUCUCUCUCUCUCUCUCUCUCUACGACCCUUUUAUUGUACUAAUUUCCACAACCCAGCCCAAAAAACAAGUCUUGCAUCACCUUUACACAAACCUUCUCACUCCUACUAAUUAAUCGAAGUUAACACGUACUAAUUUUAAUUGCCCCGCGACUUUCCCAUUUAUCACCUCAUUUUCUGAUAAAAUAAAGUUACAACUUUGGAAAACAAGAGAAGGAGAUUGAGCAGCUUCUACCUUUUCUUUCUCACUGGCGCCGUCACCUUAGGACACUCGUUCCCACGAAAUCUUUGGGUCUAGAUGUUUUUCUGAAAAAUUAAAGUGUCAUUUUUUUCAUUAUUUAACGACGGAUCACAAAGUUCACUUGCUGGCAAGGGUUUUUCCGGCAGUUGUUUAAGGUACUGUCCUAUUGGGUUUAAUCAUUUGAGUUCUUUGGUUAACGUGAAUUUUGGUCAGAGACCCCAUCAUCAGAGAUGGUAGGUGGUGGGUAAAUGAGAAAAAGGAGGUAAAAAUAAAAAUAAAAAAGUUGCAGGUUGACCGGUAGAUAUAGAGAGGGAAGAGUGUGAGAAGCUGAGAAGAAGAUUAGAGUAGAAACCCUAGGAAACCCCCAAAAAGAAAAAGAGCAAAGAUUAAAACUUUAUCCCCAGAAAGUUGCUUUGGAAGUGUGAGGGUAAAUGCCCUAAGGUUUCCCCUCUCUUAUUUGAUAGAAAUUAUAGAGGAGUUUAAGGUUCCCAUGCCGGUUGAUUUGGACAAUGUUUCCACAGCUUCAGGGGAAGCUAGCGUGUCUUCCUCUGGCAAUCAGACAGUACCUCCAAAAUCCGCUACAAAGAAAAAACGAAACCUUCCAGGAAUGCCAGAUCCAGAUGCAGAGGUGAUUGCUCUGUCUCCGAAGACCCUUAUGGCCACGAACCGAUUCGUGUGUGAAAUUUGCAACAAAGGGUUUCAGAGGGAUCAGAAUCUUCAGCUUCAUCGACGGGGUCACAAUCUGCCAUGGAAGCUUAGGCAGAGGUCAAGCAAGGAGGUGAGGAAAAGGGUGUACGUUUGUCCCGAGCCAACCUGUGUUCAUCAUGAUCCUUCAAGAGCUUUAGGUGAUCUCACCGGGAUAAAGAAGCAUUUCUGCAGAAAACACGGCGAGAAGAAGUGGAAAUGUGACAAGUGCUCCAAGAAAUAUGCUGUUCAAUCUGAUUGGAAAGCUCACUCUAAGAUUUGCGGUACCAGAGAGUAUAAAUGCGAUUGUGGGACUCUGUUUUCAAGGAGGGAUAGCUUCAUCACGCAUAGGGCUUUUUGUGAUGCGUUAGCAGAGGAAAGUGCAAGAUCUCAGACUCAGACUCCUCCAAAGGCUAGUUCAGAGUCAGAUUCGAAAGUUGUAACCUGUGAUUCAUCUCCUCCGGCUGCUCCGCCACCACCGUCGCUACUACCUCCCCAUCCUGCCCCGCCAGUUGCUACUUCUCAGUCAAACAGUGUCGUACCAUCUGCUUUGCUCCCUUGUAAUCUUUCAGAGUUGCCAGAAAAUUCCCCAAAAAUCAUAGAGGAACCGCAGGCCAAUACUGCUAUGAAUGGGAGCUGUAGCAGCAGCACCAGCUCAACAAGCAAUAGCAAUGGUGGUACUAGCAGCAGUGUAUUUGCAAGCUUGUUUGCUUCAUCAACCCCAUCAGGAAGCCUCCAAUCUCAAACACCAGCAUUCACUGACCUAAUUAGGGCCAUGGGACAUCCAGAUCGUCCAGCAGAUCUCACAGGGCCAGGGCUUUCAUCUUCGGAGCCCAUUUCUCUGUGCCUCGCCACUAAUCAAGGGUCAUCCAUUUUUGGAACAGGAGGACAGGAGCGCCGUCAGUAUGCUCCACCACCACAGCCGGCCAUGUCUGCCACUGCAUUGCUGCAGAAAGCUGCUCAAAUGGGUGCAGCUGCAACAAAUGCUUCAUUGCUUCGCGGGUUAGGCAUAGUGUCAUCUGCUGCUUCAUCCUCACCAGGUCAGCAAGAUAGUUUGCAAUGGGGUCAGCGGCCAGUAGAACCAGAGGGUGCCUCAGUUCCUGCAGGGCUUGGACUUGGGCUUCCCUGUGAUGGCGGCUCCGGACUAAAGGAGUUAAUGAUGGGGACUCCCUCCAUCUUUGGUCCAAAGCAGACCACCCUUGAUUUUCUCGGGUUGGGGAUGGCUGCUGGGGGCUCCCCUGGUGGAGGCUUAUCUGCACUCAUCACCUCUAUCGGUGGCGGUCUGGAUGUCACUGCUGCAGCGGCAUCCUUUGGUGCAGGAGAGUUCUCUGGCAAAGAUAUUGGGAGGAACACUUGAUAUUUUGGGUGCAAGAACUACAUUUUUGAGGGCCAGAAGUUCUGGUUGUACAUAUUAAUAUGGUCAUUUUACAAUGUGAAGUUGCAAUGCACUGGGGAGGGGUGGAUUAGUAUUAAGAUAUAGUAUGUUCCUAUUGAACAGUGCAACAGCAGGCAAUGCGCAAAUGGGUGGUUUUGGAUUAGAUGAUGCCUGCUUUCCUUCCUUCCCAGAGUAAUUGCACGAGUUACAAUAUUACGCUUACUAUGGACCACUGGAUUUGGUAAAUUAAGGUGUUUUGUGUAUGGGUGUCAUAGGUUAUAGCGACAAUGGCGCAUUUGAAGACUACACCUAGAUCUUUUCGCUUCUUGGGCAUCUGCAGUUUUGAUCUAGUUGUGAAAUGUGAAUUCUGCUCCUUGCAUGAUUUGGUUGGUCCAUAGCUGUAGGCCUGUAGACAUAAAUCAGGAAACUUUUAUGUUGUUUUCUUCUACUGUUGAUUUAUUGUCACAGGCGAUAUUUCGAAGUAAAUGGUUGACUGAAUAUUUAUCACGAUUAUGUAUUUGUCAUUACGUUGUAAAGAAUUGUACUCCUUUGAAGUCAAUUUUUUAAAUGACGCCUCAUCUGGGCCAAGGGUUUAGCACCUUUGCAAGGAUUUUCGAGUCCUUGGGUGCGCUUGCAACUAUAUUCUGUAAGGCUGUAAUGGUGUAUAAUUC